AUGGCGCAAACUGCUGGAUUUGGUAUAGGCCCGUCGAAACUAUCAUCAUCAGCUGCUCCAGGGGGGCGUGGGAUGACUUCACUAGUCCAUGUAGAAUGGGCAACGCACUUGAUUGCCGUCAUUCUCUAUUCCCACCCCCACCCCCGCUCUCAACAGCUUUCUUUCUUUCUUUCUUUCUUUCUUUCUUUCUUUCUUUCUUAUUGCCUUGAAGACGUACUUACUUUCUUUUCUUUUUCUCAACUGAUCAUCCUCUUCUCUUUGCUUUCCUUUUUCUUUUUCCUUUCUCUCUUUAUUUUUCUUUCUUUCUUUUUCAUAAUCCUUCCUCUCAUUUAUUCUAUCUUUCUAUCUAUUUCAUUUUCUUUCAUUCUUAUUCUGCCACCGCGAUACUGCAGCAGGCACCCAAGUACCUGCCCAUCGCAUUGCAAGACCAAAAACGCUGCCAAAUUCUGCUUUGCCUUACUAGAGGCAUCCGACGCGAUCCGCUUUCAUUAA